CCUCAGGCCACAAAUGAUCGACACCUUAGGCGCUAACACCCCACGUUGCGGCGUUUAUCAAAAGCUACCACCGCAAGCUCUCCCCGGUUGCCUUCAUUAUACGCUGCUUCACUUGUCACCUUGGGUGGACUUCCCCUCAACCUCAUUUACCAAUAACAGUCACAGCCUCAUAAAUAUGGCGGACCGCCAGGUUACCCAGCAGACAAUUUUCACCUUGCUAGCGAAGCUUGAUGACCCCGAUGCCGACCUGAGAUACAUGUCCUUGAACGAUCUAUAUGGGAUUUUGACCAACCCGAACUCUUCAUUCCUCUCUCACGACCGCGGCACAUCAACAAAACUCGCAGAAGGUCUGCUCAAGGCCCUGGAUGAUCAACACGGCGACGUGCAGAACCAGGCUCUCAAAUGUCUCGGUCCUCUCGCAGUUCGCUUGCCAUUUGAAUCCCUUACACCUCUCCUCGAGCAGUUGGCCAACCUGACUGCCUCCCAGACGAUAGACACAUCCGUCCCCAACACUGCUCUUCGCGUCAUCGUCGAUACCCUCCCUCGUCCCCAGUUGGGCCAGCCUGCAUCUCAAAAUGCGAUUACGGCAUACUCAGCAGUUUCGAAGGUCUUGGUCCCCCGUUUGACCGGGCCGACACCCUCAAGCACAGGGCGGCGGGGAUCAACGGUGAAGAGCAUGAUGGAGAAGGAUCCAUCACGGGGCUUCAGCAGCGAUGCCAUCGAUGUGCUCAUCAAGGUCGUGACAUGCUUUGGGCCUCUUCUCCAAGAGUCGGAGCUCGCUGCCCUCCAAGUAUCCGUCAUGGCCAUCAUCCAAAACGACACGGCUGGAACUGUUGUCACCAAGCGCGCCUUGGCAGCCAUCUCGGCGCUUGUGCUCCACUUCUCUGACAACCAGCUCAACGGCUUUGUGUCCAAUCUGACGAAAACAUUGUCUUCCAAUAUUUCCAUGGUGCAGCGUAGACACUUGAUCGCUGCAAUUGGCGUCAUUGCAAGAACCGCACCUGCGAAGUUUGGCCCACACCUGGAUACCCUUGCUCCUUUUGUCUUCUCGGCAGUCGGGGAGGAUAACCUUACUCGGGCAAACUGAGUUACCAUAAUCACUGGCCUACAACUGAUAGAUGUCUGACCGACACUGUAGCCUAGACCCUUACAGUGAUGCUGAGGGCUGCUACACGAGCUUGAUGUGCUGCAUCUGAUCUAAAUUGGCUAUAUGUGGUCACGUCAUGAUCAUACUGAUCGCACCCCCUAGGCUGUGAUUUGCUCAAGCAGGAAAAAUGUACUGGGCUCUUAGGCCAACCCUCCGAUGCCCAAGACAGCCAUGGACUUCACGAUACCCACGUUCAUAUUGAAUACAAGCGCGUCAACAUCCACUUCUACGCCUAUCCAUGGAUAUGUAAAGGUUGGGAGCUCUUUCCAGGAUCUUUGCUCCUGCCCUUUUGUGUCUUUAAGUAAACAAAUGCCUCGAAGCUUCCUCG